UUUGUUUGUUUGUUUUUUAUUUGGUUGGUUGAUUGGUUGGCUUUUUUUUUUUUUUUUAGUUGUUAAGAUCUAAAGACUUGCAUUGCUGUAUUGUUGGAGGUAGAAAAUUAUACUUUCUUUACUUUUUUUUUUUUUUAAGUUCUUUGGGAUAAAGUAUGCUUCUGGCAUCUUUUUUGGUGAUUAAAAUUAUCAUUUAACAUCUCUAUAUCCAGUUGUGCUCUUCCUUGACAUGCCAAAUCACCUUUCGGUGUGGCAGACUUUUUUUCUUUUUCGUAGUGGUGACUUACUUAUUUCCUUUAUUUAAUUAAAUCGUUAAGGGAAAACAUAAUAAAAAAAAAUCUUUAUUAUUAAUUUAUUAUUAAAAAUCCUACACCUUUUCUAUUUGAAUACCUUUAGCGGAACUCUGUUUAUAAGUUUUUUCUUUGCCAACAAGGAUAUGUUGUUUUAUCUCAUAAUGGACCUACCAAUGAAUGUGACAGGGUCAUUUUUUCCAGGUGAUCAUCAACUGUGAUACAUCUUUCAUUUAUAUCAAUGUUUCUUAAGGCAAGGCAGAUUGUGGGAUUUUUUGUGUUUUUUGUUUUGUUUUGUUUUGGGUUUUUUUGGUGUUUUUUUUUUUUUUUUCAGAAAGCAAGUAUGUGAAUGAAAAUAAUUCUGUUUUGGGUAAUUACCAAAGACGUCUAUGUUGUCAUCAUUUUAUUCAAGAUGAAGCCGUCAAGUGCUGAUUUUGCGCGUACUGCUACAAAAUAACUUUGAGAGAUAUUAAGAACAUUCAGAGUGAGUAACAAUUCAGUUAUAUGUGUAUGGAGUCAGAAGGUUAUUUUACUACAUCAGUUAUAUGGCAGAUUUAAAUCUUAAUUUCAUUGUUAUUACAUUAUGUAUGUGAUUCAUCAGUCGCUAAACCAUUCGAUGCAUUUACUUGAUGUUGAAAAAGCUGGUGUCAGCUCUACACCAUGCCUCUCCUGAGUAGCUUUCUUUCAACAGGACAGAGCCCUGUCCAGGAUGCCUUUCUUCCUGGAUGUUGAGGUCUGUCCUUGAAGGACAAGCAUCCAGACCUGUGGUCUCAAAGGAAACACACAGACUGAGAGAGUUUUAUAAGUUUGUUUUUGUUUUUGUUUUUUUUCUGUACAGAAGUGUUUUAAAGGUCAUGUUAAAGUAUGUAAUUUUAUCUAAAACCGAAGACUUCUUCUAAUAUUACUUAGCUGUAUUUUGUUAGGCCUGCUGUUUGAAAAACUGUAAUAAAUCAACCAUGAUCAACUCAAUUAAUAUUAGGGACCUGAAAGGGAAAACUGUUGAGCCUUUAUUCUUUCUGAAAUAUUUUAGUGGUCACAGAUGAUAUCUGCUUUAUGCAUUUGACUCCCUAAUGCCCUCAGCUGUCAAAAUAGUUGGUGUUUGUGAUGCUAACCAGCAUUUGAAAAUGAAGUGGCUUGUGAUUUUUUUUUUUUUUUUUUUUUAAAACAUUCAUUUUCAUGACUUACACUGUGUAACUGUCUGUGUAACAUUGUUUUAAAUUGUUUCAGCAUACUCUAAUGAGUCUUCGUGGAUCAUAGUCUUCGAUGUGCUUUAGCUAGCUUACAUUGUACUGUGGAGGAGCCCUUCAAUGAUGCAGUGAAAAUAAAUGAAAUGGGAAUUAAAGAGAUCACGAUGCAGACAUCAGAAGCUGGGUCGGAUACAGGUUCAACUGUGACUUUACAGACAUCUGUGGCUGGCCAGGCAGCAGUGCCCACGCAGGUAGUACAGCAAGUACCAGUUCAGCAACAGGUGCAGCAAGUGCAAACUGUACAGCAAGUACAGCAUGUCUACCCAACCCAGGUUCAGUAUGUGGAAGGAAGCGACACAGUCUACACUAAUGGAGCUAUCCGAUCAACAACUUAUCCUUACACAGAAACCCAGAUGUACAGCCAAAACACUGGGGGAAAUUAUUUUGAUACUCAAGGAAGUUCUGCGCAGGUGACAACAGUGGUCUCCUCUCAUAGCAUGGUGGGCACUGGAGGGAUUCAGAUGGGUGUCACAGGAGGACAACUCAUUAGCAGCUCAGGAGGGACCUAUUUGAUUGGCAAUUCAAUGGAAAAUUCUGGUCAUUCAGUGACUCAUACAACACGGACUUCCCCAGCUACAAUUGAAAUGGCGAUUGAGACACUGCAAAAGUCUGAUGGUCUGUCCACUCACAGAAGCUCUCUUCUCAACAGUCAUCUUCAGUGGCUUUUGGACAAUUAUGAAACUGCAGAAGGAGUGAGCCUCCCUAGAAGUACCCUUUACAACCAUUACUUACGACACUGUCAGGAGCACAAGCUGGAUCCAGUCAAUGCAGCAUCCUUUGGAAAACUCAUACGGUCAAUUUUCAUGGGGUUACGGACAAGAAGACUUGGAACUAGGGGGAACUCCAAAUACCAUUACUAUGGGAUUCGUGUCAAGCCAGAUUCUCCUCUUAAUCGACUACAGGAGGACAUGCAAUAUAUGGCUAUGAGACAGCAGCCCAUGCAGCAGAAACAGAGGUAUAAGCCCAUGCAGAAAGUGGAUGGAGUUGCAGAUGGCUUCACAGGAAGUGGUCAACAGACAGGCACAUCUGUUGAACAAACUGUAAUUGCCCAAAGUCAACAUCAUCAGCAGUUUUUAGAUGCAUCUCGAGUACUUCCAGAGUUUGGUGAAGUUGAAAUAUCUUCCCUACCAGAUGGUACAACCUUUGAGGACAUCAAAUCACUGCAGAGUCUUUAUCGAGAGCACUGUGAGGCAAUUCUGGAUGUGGUAGUGAAUCUUCAAUUCAGCCUGAUAGAAAAGUUGUGGCAAACUUUCUGGCGCUAUUCUCCCUCUACUCCACCCGAUGGUACUACUGUUAAUGAACCUAGCAAUCUGAGUGAAAUAGAAAGUCGACUUCCAAAAGCAAAACUGAUUACUCUGUGCAAACAUGAAUCUAUUCUGAAAUGGAUGUGUAACUGUGAUCACGUGAUGUACCAGGCUUUGGUGGAGAUUCUCAUUCCUGACGUCCUUAGACCUAUUCCUAGUGCCUUGACCCAAGCCAUUCGCAAUUUUGCAAAAAGCCUUGAAGGUUGGCUUUCAAAUGCCAUGAACAAUAUUCCACAGAGGAUGAUACAAACCAAGGUUGCCGCUGUAAGUGCCUUUGCCCAGACUCUGCGAAGAUACACAUCUCUAAACCACCUGGCUCAAGCAGCUCGUGCUGUUCUUCAAAACACUUCUCAAAUCAACCAGAUGCUCAAUGAUCUUAACCGUGUUGAUUUUGCCAAUGUUCAGGAGCAGGCUUCCUGGGUGUGCCAGUGUGAUGACAACAUGGUUCAGAGGCUAGAAACAGACUUCAAAAUGACUCUUCAACAGCAAAGCACUCUGGAGCAGUGGGCUGCCUGGCUUGAUAAUGUUAUGAUGCAAGCCUUGAAACCAUAUGAAGGAAGACCCAGCUUUCCUAAAGCAGCACGGCAAUUUCUGUUAAAAUGGUCUUUCUACAGCUCAAUGGUGAUUCGAGAUCUAACCUUGCGCAGUGCUGCCAGCUUUGGCUCUUUUCAUCUGAUCCGCUUGCUUUAUGAUGAAUACAUGUUUUACUUAGUAGAACAUCGUGUUGCUCAGGCCACAGGAGAGACACCUAUUGCAGUUAUGGGAGAGUUUGGUGAUUUAAAUGCUGUGUCCCCUGGAAAUAUGGAUAAAGAUGAAGGCAGCGAAGUUGAAAGUGAAAUAGAUGAAGAAAUGGAUGAAAAUGGAGAGCCGCAAGCAAAGAGAGAGAAAACAGAGCUAAACCAAGCAUUUCAGGUGGGCUGCAUGCAGCCAGUGCUUGAGAGUGGAGUACAGCAGAACCUCCUGAACCCAAUUCAUAAUGAGCACAUCGUUGCAACUACUCAGACUAUCAGACAGUGCAGUGCUACUGGAAAUACAUAUACUGCAGUCUAAUGUGAAACUUCUCCCCUCCCCCCAUCAUUACAUUAGCCCUUUGGGUUUAAGAGGAAAAAAAAUAAAAGAGAAAAAAAGUCUGAAAAUCGACUGUUGUCAAAUUUCAGCUGUACUGAGCAUUAUUUUAUUGGAGUCAUUAAAUGGUAUGGGUGUAAACAUUUUGCCAGACCUGUUUAAAAAAGAUUUUCUUGUAAACAGGAUCAUUUUACAUUGGCCACUCAAGAUGAAGAGUUUUCUUAUAAUCAAAUGCAAGAAAGAUUUUUGCAAAGCUUGGUGUUAAUGUUUUUGUCCUCUGAUAAUAAUUUAAUUUUUUUCAUAGUUUUUUUUAAAUAUUUUAAUGUUCAUUAUUGGUUAUGGUGAUGAUUUCAUAUACAUAGGUUUUUAAAUAGAUGCACUUCUGUGAAAUAUCAAAAGAACUAUUUUCUUUGAUUUACACUGGAGGCAUACUUAUUUGACAACAGAUGUAUCAAGUUUGUUAUAAAAGGUGCUUUUCCGUGGACAACUAGAAGACACUAUUUUGAUAAAAUUGUGAGUAUUCAGGGGGAUUUUUUGUAAUAAUGUUGAAGAGUUGAGAAGAUAUGCUAGUUUCUUUCUGUGAGAAAGAAGCAAGUUUAAAUGGCAGAAUUGUAACAAUGUGAUAAUGUGUACGUACGUAACGAACGUACCUAAUUAUCUGACCAUCAUGUUAAGAAUGCAAGGUUCAUUAAAAAUCAACAGUUCCAGGUAUUAUUUGCAUACCAGUUCCUCUGUUUUGAAGACUACUGAUACUAAAUGUGGUGCCACUGAACAGGUACUUUUGGCUGUUGAGUGGUACUGUAGUUGUUAGAAGCUGAAGCUGAAAAAGAAGUGACUUAAUUAUUACUGUUAAUUUUUAAGUGUACAUGCUACUUAAGCUGGACUGGACAUACAGGAAAAUAUUCCAUUUGGAUGACUUUCUUCUAUUCCAGGUCUUUUCAUAUUAGUGGUUCAAUCUGCUGCUCUUAGAAAAGAUAAUUUAUAGAAUGCAAGGAAUGUAGCAACCUGCAUCAUUUUCCUUUCACAAAAAUAUUUCCUUGUUGUUACAGUGGAUUUAAACUUCUACAAAAAAUUAGGUAAGGCAGUGUAACUGGCACACCUCACUUUUACUUAUUCCCAGUUGUGUAGAAUUUGAAUAGGUGGCUAGAUGGACCAUUGCCAUUUAAGAAUGUACAUCAGGGAUCAUUGUACCUCGGCUAUUACAUGGUGCCUUAAACAGAACUGAAGCUAAGACUUAGUACUUUUUGUUAUUCUUAACUCUUAAAUUAAUUCAACAAGGUGUGCCUGUCAUUUUCAAAUUCCCUAAGAAGUAAGGACAGGUUACAUAGCCUUCAAAAUAAUAAAGUGAUUUUUUAUUAUUAAAUGAUUUUAAUAUCCCUCUUAGAAUGACAAUAAACCUAUUUUUUCUUGUUUCUAGCUGGAUUUCACUUUAUUACAAAUAAAAUUUGCUUGGGAAUCUGGAAGGCAAAACUAGCUUUAAUACCACAUUCAGAUGUCAAGAUAGAUUGACUAUAGUCCCAAGCAUGAUUAUAUAUAUUUUUAGACCCAUGUCUACUUCUAAUUUUAAAAGGUAAAAAUGAAUAAAUGAGCAGGUACAUAAUGCAGUGCAUGUUUUCAAUUUGUAUGUUUUGUGGGGUAUCAGCCUGAUUUUACAUUUUAAUGGCUCGAUCUCGUAUUGACAGUUUAUAUAAAGCAUACAUUAAUUGCCAUUUUUAUUCUUAAAUAUUUCAUUGUGCAGACACAUGAAUUUGCCACGUUAUAUAGUGCAUUGAGUAAGAAAAAAAGAAAAAAAAGAAAAAAAAAAGCCAAAAAGUGAAGGAGAGCACAAAAACAUCAACUUUAUACAAAUGACUGUGUAAAAAAAAUUAGAGGUUCUUUUAUUUUGGCUUACCUACAGUGUCUGUGACAUGACUUUAAAGUAAUAUAUACCAAAUGGGAGAAGAAUAGCAAAAUUAACAGUGUAUUUAUAGCAAAGGAGUUUGUUGCUAUAGAUCACAUGUGCUCCAAAUACAGCUACAUUAUCAACUAAAAUGUCCUAACAUUAUUGGUGUGCAAAAUUAAACUUCCUUUUAAAGAGCUGGGAGGUAAACCCAUCCUGCUUACUCUGUGUAGGCAUAAUUCCUGCUUGAUGUUAAUAAAUGGCUUUCACCUCAGUAAGAAGUGAAAGUGAGGUUUAUAUUCAUUAUUUCUAUACUCAUAACUGCACUGAAUCUCAUUAUAGAUUUUGCUCUCACAUAUAUUGCUCAGUGUGUCCUGAUUUAUCCUUGGAAAUCAGCGUAGAUGUACCCUUCACCAAAAAUCCUAAAACUAAGCUGUGAUAAAUAUUUACUCCCCUUCAUUGUGCAUUAUAAGAUGUUUACAAUUAAAAUAAAGUGAAAUAAUUCAA